CCACCUCGUGAAUCUGAAGAAGACCAGGAAGGAGGAGAAGUUAUUGCUAUCACCAGAGUUUGGUUCGUUUGUUAGGAUUUAAAAUUUUCGAUCUUCAAUUUUGCCGUCUGGAUAGACGCAGAUCGGAGGCGUCUGAUGCGCGUUUGGUUUGAUUCGAGCUGAUUUUAUUGUGGUUGAUGAGCUGAGUUUUGGAUUAAGGCUUCGACCAAGAGACCAUAAACUUUUGAGCAUUCUAGUUGUUUUUACAUAAAACAUGUGGAGAUUCAAGCCAUUCAUGCAAAAAGAGCCAGCUGGGCUUGAAGGCCGUUCUAUUGAUGUUGGUAAUCUUAAAGUAAAUGUCCUGAAGGCGAUUGCUGAGGGAGGGUUCUCUUGUGUCUACUUGGCUCGUGAUGCUGUAAACAUGUCAAAACAAUAUGCUUUGAAGCACAUGAUAUGCAAUGAUGAAGAAUCACUUGAAUUAGUAAAGAAGGAGAUCUCAGUCAUGAAGUCAUUGAAAGGGCAUCCCAAUGUUGUCACACUUUAUGCUCAUGCAAUCUUUGAUAUGGGUAGGACAAAAGAGGCUUUCCUUGUUAUGGAAUUUUGUGAUAAGUCUCUAGUUAGUGUGCUGGAGAGCCGAGGAGCUGGUUAUUUUGAUGAGAAGCAAGUUCUUCUAAUCUUCAGGGAUGUAUGUAACGCAGUUUUUGCUAUGCACUGCCAAUCCCCACCUAUUGCUCACCGGGACUUGAAAGCUGAGAAUCUUUUGUUUGGCCCAGAUGGUUUAUGGAAAUUAUGUGAUUUCGGGAGUACUUCCACCAACCACAAGCGUUUUGAGAAACCAGAAGAAAUGGGGAUUGAGGAAGACAAUAUCAGGAAGCACACAACUCCUGCCUAUAGGGCCCCUGAGAUGUGGGAUCUGUUCCUGAGAGAAGUCAUCAAUGAGAAAGUGGAUAUAUGGGCAUUGGGGUGUCUCCUUUUCCGUAUAUGCUACUUCAAAAGUGCAUUUGAUGGUGAAUCAAAGUUGCAAGUCUUAAAUGGAAACUACCGCAUUCCUGAUUUGCCAAAAUACAGUUCAUCCCUUACGGACCUAAUCAGAGAUAUGCUUCAGGCCAGACCAGACGACAGACCAGAUAUCACGCAGGUCUGGUUUCGUGUCAAUGAGCAGUUACCUAUUGAUCUGCAGAAGUCAUUACCUGAGAGACCACCUGAAUUGCUAUCUUCCAACAAUCAUGAAGGUUCUGCAAAGCCUGCAACUCAAUCAUUGCCAAUGCCUCGUCGGAGUCCACCUCCUCCACCUUCAUCUGGAGAAACUAAAAGUUCAUCGCAGUCAUCCCAUUCUUCUAGGGGAGGGGGAAGUGGAGGGCAGCUUGGCGCAUUCUGGUCUACUAUGCAUGCAAAGGACUCAUCUGCCUCGGAGGUUAAGAGCAGACCAAUGUUUGAUGAAGAACCAUCUGGCGAUCAUGUCUCAGCAAAACAUGAUAGAAUUCGUCCAGACAAUAACCAACUACCCAAAAAUGUUAGUGGUAAAAAAGUGGAUGUUGGACAACCACAAAAUGUGAAAAACAGCGAACAUGGAAAAUCAUACAAACUAGAUGCCGUAUCUUCCAGGGACUUUGAAAUAAAAUUUUACCAGGACACACAUCUUGCUGGUGAGAGGCGAGCUUCUUCAAGUAAGGAGAACGCAACCUCCUUUCAAGACAAAGCUUUUGACACAUUUGUUGCUGAAUUUGAUACCAGUAAGCUUAGCCCUGGAUUCAGUGAUAAAAAAUCUGAGAAAGAGGAAGCGUUAGAGGCUGAAGUGGAGAAACUCAGAGUGAAGCUGAAGGAAACUCAGCAGGAGAAAGCUGAAAUAACUUCAAAGUACGAAAAGCUUUCUGCCAUUUGCCGAUCUCGAAGGCAAGAGAUCCAGGAUCUCAAGCAAACCCUUGCAGCAAGAACUCCAUCGCCAAAGAAAGAGGGUCUGAGAGCCUCUCCUACAGUUCCAUCAUCUGCGGCUACGAAGGAGAAGGUUAGCGGGACGAUGUGGGAACUCCCACAAAACAAAACUGAAAUGAAAAGUCCCAGUUCAGAACCGAAGGCAUGGCAAGCUUUUCCAGAGGAACCCCAGCAACAAAAGUCUGCUUCUGCGGACAAUAAUAGAGCCAAAUCUGUGAGGACAAGAAAAAUGCAUCAAAACGAGCAACCAAUUCAACCACAUUCAGAUUUUGAUACAUGGGGUUUUGAAACAGAUGGUUUCGCUUCUGUAUCUGCUGCUGGAAGCUCACAGAUGCCCAGACCCCCUAGCACAGAAGGGAGUAAUCCUCAGGCUUUUGGUAAUGCCAAGACAUACGAGGGCAAGUCAACUUCCCAACCUGCCGGGUGGGCUGGUUUCUAAUUAUCUGGGAAGUUUUACAGAAUAAACAUAGAUGGUGGUUGCACCGCAACGUUUUUAUCCUUGGCCCCAUAUGUUUGAAGGAGUGAAAUGGGUGGGAGCUCACUUUUAUUUAGUUUAUAUACACAUCCAGCUCUCAUUUGAUUUGUGCGGUUUGAGUGCUUGCGUUUCUUUUCGGGAGAUCAUGUUGCGGAAAAAGUUGUUUGGUACCUAUGAUCUUAAUAUUUUGGAAUCUUUGAUCAUUAGCAGCGUUAACAUUUAAAAGUUAAUCGCGGGUCUCGAGUAUG